CCUUAUCUAUGGAAAUGAAAUGAUUACAACUUACGUAUAAAAUAGUAAGUAAACUAACUUCGUACACGGUAGUCGUGUAGUGGGUACUGGCAUUUUUAAUAUACAAAUGUGACGAUCACAACAUCGUGUUGUGAAACAAAAUGUUUUAAUAGAAGAAACUUCGUAAUUAUAUAAUGGUUGCAUUGUUGUAUUAUAAAAGAAAUAAUUUUUGAAAAAUGGCUGAGAGAGGAUGUCCGACGCCGUUUUUAAAACAGUUAUUCGUGACAGCAGGCGUGUCUCUAAACAUAGGACAGUUCGGCAUGAUAUCAGGAUAUGUCGUGGCCAUAGUGCCGCAGCUGACUCGACCCGGGGCUUACAUUCCUAUGGACGACAGCGCCGCGUCGUGGUUCGCGUCCAUCCACGCCCUGUCUCUGUUGGUGGGAUACUCGAUAGUCGCCAAAACGAUCUCCGAUUACGGCAGACGAGUCGGCAGCAUCAUCAGCUCCGGUUUAUGUCUAGCUGGAUGGAUAUCUAUACUCCUCGCCGGCAAUCUAACUUGCCUACUACUAGGGCGGAUAUUACAGGGCCUUAGUCUAGGCUUUUGUCUAACUUUAGGACCUAUAGUAAUAGCCGAAUGUACCAGUCCGAAAAAUAGAGGGAUCUUUCUCGCGUCAACUACGAUGUGUUUGUCUAUAGGCUCAGCUGUCGUGCAUUAUUUGGGCUCAUUCUUACAUUGGAGAGACACUGCUUUGGUUUGUUCCGUAAUUGGUUUUAUAGAUUUGAUAAUUUGUAUAUAUUCUCCAGAGACGCCCACUUGGUUGGCCGGUAAAGGUAGAUUUGAUGAAUGUAAAAAGAUUUUCAGAUGGCUUAGAGGUGACGGUGAAGACGAGGAAUUAUUUGCGUUAAUACAGGCUGUGAUUGACACUAAUUGUAAUGCUAAAACUAAGCACGAUUCUGUUAUUCCUUAUAUCAGAAGCAAAUGCUGUUACAUUUUAGCUACAGUUAAGAAGAAAGAAGUUUACAAAUCUAUAACUAUCGGUGUUCAUUUGUUGACUAUUUGUUAUUGGUGCGGCUCAGCUAUAUUUUCUUCAUUUCCAAUAGAACUAAUAGAUUCCGCUGUCGGAAAACAUGUUAAUACUCCUAUAAUCAUAAUGACUUUAGAUAUAAAUAGAUUAAUGAAUAGUGUGUUAGCUUUAUAUGUCGUAAGGAAGUUUAAAAGGCGAACGAUGUUAUUUUCAACGGUUGGUUUGACUAUAAUAUGUUCGUUUGUAAUAGCAGGUUAUGUUUAUGCAAAAGACCACGGCAUGUUGCCUUCUGAUGUACCUAUAAUUAGUAUAAUUUUAUUACACAUUCAGAUGUUUUCGAUAUCAAUUGGUGCGCUGUCGUUACCCGUUAUAAUUGGCGGUGAAAUUUAUCCCAGAAAGCACAGAAGUCUGGCUUCAGCUUUCACAAGAUUGUCGUCUUGUGUGCACGUGUUCAUAGUUAACAAAUCCUUCUUAGAUAUAGUAAAAGUUGUGAAAAUUUAUGGUUGUUAUUGUAUAUUUGGAAGUAUAUGUCUGUAUGCGUUGAUUGUAUGUUAUUUUCUUAUGCCGGAGACGAAAGAUAGGACGUUACAGGAUAUUGAAGAUGAGCUGGGAGGGACAGUUAAAGUUGUAAAAGAAAAUACUACAGAAGUACUGCUUGAACCCAAUGGUGUAUAAAUUAAGUCGGUAUUGCCCAGGUCUUGGAUGUUUAUCUAUGUAUGUUAUUAAAAUAUAUUAUCGUUGAAUAAGUAUUCCAUAACACAAGUCUCGAACUUGUUUUGGGGCUAGCUCAAUCCGUGUGAUUUGUCACUAUAUAUUUACUAUUUAUAAUACUAUUAUAAAUAUUUAUCAACAAGACUCGCGCAAUUCGAUGUCGAAACGAAAUAGGAAAAAUAAUUUAAGCAAGGAAAAUCCAGCAGUGUUUGUAGAAACUGUCAAAGGUUAGCGAAUUAUCGUUAUGCCGUCUAUGUUUAAAUAAAAAUACAAUUAUAAUGAUUUCAAACAAUAAUUCCCUCUUUUAUUUACAUAUAUUUAUGACCAUUUUUCUAAUUAUGUACAUGGUUGAAUAAAUUCCACGUAUUUCAUUGAAGUUGCGUGUAAUUACUCAACCGCUUUUGACGACCUCGGUGUCGCAGUGGUAAAGUGCUUGCCUCUGAACCGAGAGGUCCCGGGUUCGAUCCCCGGUCGGGUCAUGAUGGAAAAUGAUCUUUUCUUGAUUGGCCCGGGUCUUGGAUGUUUAUAUGUAUUCGUUAUAAAAUAUAGUAUCGUUGAGUUAAAAUCCAUAACACAAGUCUCGAACUUACUUUGGGGCUAGCUCAAUCUGUGUGAUUUGUCCUAAUAUAUUUAUUUACUUCUAGCUCAAAAAGGAGCUAUGUUCAGGGUUCAUUGUUUGUAUGUACGUACUUCAGUUUAUUAUAAGGAUACUAAUGGAAAUUAUUUAUUGUGACAACUAGGUCCACAUUAUUAAUUACAUAGCUAGAGUUAAUUCACUAAACUAGAUUAACCUGAUCAAUCGAUAUGUUCAUUUGUUUCUUUAGCACAUUCAAACAUACGACAGUAAAAAGGUUUGUCUGUACAUCUAUAAUAUUAUUAUUAUAAAGAGAUAAGCGUUUGUGAGUUUGUAUGUUUGAGGCGGGUAAUCUCAGAAACUACUGAACCGAUUUCAAAAAUUCUUUCACCAUUAAAAAGGUACAUUGUCCAAGAUUGCUAUAGGCAUUAUUUUAUCUCAAAAUUCCCACGGGAGCGAAGCCCCAGGCAACAUCUAGUAUAAAUAUAUAUACAAUAAAAUAGUUAUCUAUUCUGAAAACAGGAACAAAAUAAGACAAUUGCUAUAUGUCGUAAUACUUUAAUUGUGUAUAUUCUUUGUCCGCUACAAACUACAAGCCGGUACUUUGUUAAUUUAUAUUAUUUAAACCGUAUCAUACAUAAACAUACACAGCAUAGCCUUAUUCGAGACUCUUAAAGCUCUUUUUAAACCCAACAAUGGAUCGGAUU